AUGGAGCUGAGCUUCAAGAACUUCCGGGCCCCCAUCGCCAUGGCCCCCCGCGAGAAGGAGGAGCACUACCACGGCGCCCGGAUCCGGAGCGUCACCGUGAACCUUGUGGCCACCUACCAGGAGUGCAGCGAUGAGUUUGGGUACAGCGAGAAAACGGCUCCUCGGCGCGUCCUCACCAAGCUCUCCAAAGGUGUCUACAACGAAAACCACGACAACGCUGAGCACGACUACAUUUGUAGAGUUGGGGAUAAGAUCGAGAACCCCGACGGCCAUUCCUACGAAAUCCUCGAGCGCUUGGGUCACGGCACUUUCGGCCAGGUUCUGAAGUGUCACCACUCGGCCUCGGGCAACCACGUAGCUCUGAAAAUCAUCAAGAACAAGCCUGCCUACUUCCACCAGGCCCUGGUGGAGGUCCGCAUUUUACAGAUGCUCAAUCAGGAGUAUGAUCCGGAGGAUGAGAAGAGGCGUCGGGCAUAG